UGGGGAUAAGGAAAAGCAUCCUACGGGUGAACAGAGAGUUAAGACUCCAACUCGCAUGCCCUCUUCUGCUUCCACUGGGUCUGCUUAUAGCGAGGAUGUGCAGGCUUCAGGCAAAGGCAGGUCAAAGACUCCCACUCGCAUGCCCUCCUCUGCUUCUACAGGGUCAGGUUAUAACGGGGAUAACAAUCCGUCAGUUGAAAGGAGGUCCAAGACUCCCACUCGAAUGCCGUCUUCCGCCUCCACCGGAUCUGGUAACGGAUCUGCUUAUAGUGAAGCACAGGCGCGACCCAAAACGCCAACUGGCAGCCCCUCUGCCGCUUCAACCUCCUCUGGCUCAUCCUCCUUACAAGACGACUUGCUUGAAGACGAUGCCGCUUUAGAGGAGGUACACCAGUCGUUUUUCCGCGCCAAGGGGAGAAGAUUCCUGGAAAAAGCGAUGAAGGGGUUUAGUAAGCUCGUGGGAGGGGGGGUGGGAGCGGUAAACAUUCUGGGAGGGGAGUAUCGGGAUGUCGGGGCGAUGUAUGCCGUGCAAAUGGAUAAGGAGCUUGGGUCGGGACAGUUUGGAGUGACUCGGGUGGCGGUGUGCCGAGCCACGGGGGAGAAAUUUGCAUGCAAGACAAUCAACAAGGCUGCUCUGAAGAGCAAGUCAGAUGAGGACGACGUGAGGCGCGAGGUGACUAUAAUGGAGAUGGUUAAAACGCAUCCCAAGGUGGUGAAGCUGAAAGAGGUCUUCGAGAACGAGCAGGCCAUCCACCUGAUAAUGGAGCUGUGUUCGGGCGGGGAGCUGUUUGACCGCAUCAAGGAGCGGCGGCGGUACAGCGAGAGGGAGGCGGCUUUGGUGAUGCGGGCGGUGCUGGGCGUGCUGCAGAGCUGCCACCAGCGCCACCACGUGCUGCACCGCGACAUCAAGCCCGAAAACAUCCUCCUCGCCCACCCCUCCUCCCCCACUGACGUGCGCGUCAUCGACUUCGGGAUCUCCACCAUCCUGAAGCCAGGCUCCAAGCCGCUGUCUGAUUUUGUAGGCUCACUCUACUACAUCGCUCCAGAGGUGAUCGAAGGCUCUUAUGGCUUCCCAGCAGACGUGUGGUCAGCAGGCGUUGUCUUAUACGUGCUGCUGGCUGGCGUCCCGCCCUUCUGGGCCAAGACAGAGGCUGAUGUGACGAAGGCGAUUCGGGAGGGAAAGUGGGGGUUCCGGGGUGCAGUGUGGCGGAAUGUGUCAGAGCCAGGAAAGGAUCUGAUUUGCCAGCUGCUGACGCACAACCAGAAGAAGAGAAUCACUGCCCGUGCUGCCCUCGAUCAUCCCUGGUUGCUAAAACAUAAGGAUUGGAUCAUUAAGGACGGCUCGCAUUGUUUAGGCCCUCUCCCAUCCAUGACCGCAGAAGUCGCAUCCAUGUCCGCCGUCGCGUCGCUAGGAGUCACCGUCAAAUCCGCCUCGACAUCUGCCAUCAGCGAGGGCUCUGCUUAUACCGAGGAUGCCGUUUCCACUCCGAUCACCGGCGGCAUUCCCGAGGGCUGGCCGGUGAACGCCUCCACGGAAAUGCCUCCGCAUUUGGCGGCGGAUGCGGCGGCGGCGGAUCCGGUGGUUCGGUUCACGGUGGCGGAGCAAGUAAAGAAAGGCGAGGACUUUCACAUGGCACUCGCUAACUAUCGGUUAGGCGGCGUCAACUGCGGCGUGUACUGCGUGUUCGACGGGCACAACGGCACAGCAGCCGCCAUGCACUGCAAGAAGGAGCUUCUGGGAUUCGUGAGCGAGUACCUGCCGGGGGGGUCGUCAUACCGAGAGGAAGCUGGGGAGAAGGGCGAGGAGGCAGAGGUGACGAGUAAACGGCGCGACGGGGAAGGCGCGGACGUGCCAGCGAGUGGCGGCGACGGGGACGGAGGCGGCGGGGGGGGAGGCGGAGAGGGAGGGGGAGGGGGAGGGGUAGGGAGCAAGGAAGCGUGGUUGAAGGCGCUGCCUAUGGCUCUGGCGGAAGGGUUCCUGAAAUGCCACAACACGUUCGCCCUGCGCGGCCAGCCGUCCGGAGCGACAGCAACGGUGGCGAUAGUCUCGGGAUGGACGGUGACAGUGGCGGCAGUGGGGGACUCGCGUGCCAUUCUGGACACCACUGGAGGGGGCGUCACGCCCUUGUCACUGGACCACCGAUUUGAGGUCUCAGAGGACGAGUGCAACAGAGUGCUCAAGGAGGGCGGCCAGCUCGCCAGGCUUCGGACGUUUGAUGGCACGCAGCUGGGCCCGCUGCGCAGCUGGCCGGGAGGGCUGUGUGUGUCGCGGUCCAUAGGCGAUGUGGACUGUGGCACGUUCAUCACACCGCUGCCGCAUGUCAAGCAGAUCCAGGUCCCACAAGACGGAGGCAGGGUGGUGAUGGCGUCAGAUGGGCUGUGGGACGCAGUGGAUUCGGACAAGGCGGCCCGGCGCUGCAGAGGGCUUCCCUGCACUGCUGCUGCCCCGCUUCUCGUAAAGGAGUCCAUCAAGGCCAAGGGCCUGAGGGACGACAUCACAGUGCUUGUAGUCGAUCUGCUCACCGCCUCUGCUGCUGCUGACCCCUCCGCCUGCCCUGUGCCCAAGCCGCCCGGCUCCAAGUCCUUCUUUGCCAAGUUCGGGAGCAAAAGCUACUCUAGCUAUCUUUCCAAGUCCAAGAAACCCAGCUCCCUGCCACCCUCAACCCCGACACCAAGCACCGCCCCCCGCAACCCGUGGGACCAGCGUGUUCCCUUCAUAAUGAACGACCAUGACUCGAUAAGAGGCGGCGACCUCUUUGAGCGGUACCAGAACAGCUCGGUACACUCGGCAGGGAAUUUCUGUGCAGUUUGCGGGCAGCAGAUUGAUAAUUCCGAGAAUGCUGAGGCGAGCGUUCGGGCAGGGAAUAGGAUGUGCUCGCGGCAUGCUAAAUGUGGGUAA